AUGACUAUGGCUGAAAAGAGAAGAGUUGAUCUUGGAUUUGACGAUGAUUCUGAUGAGAGUGGGUCUGAAGAAGUUUUAGUUCCUCGUAAGGUGCAAAAGAAGACAACACUCCCCAAAUUCACUUUUAAAACGGACAAGAUUCAAUCAAACGAUGUGGAUGAUAUACGGCCCAGUUUAGGUGAAAGUCAGACUGUUGAUGGUAAUAAAAUUGCUAGUGGAAGUGAUGAUGAUGACUAUAUGAAUAUUCAAAUACAAGAAGAUGAAACUACAAGGCCUCAAAGCCUUCGGUCGAAAGAGGAACCUAGAUUAAAACCACAAUAUGAGUUUGAGAAAAUUGGUCAAGAUCAAAAGGAUAAGCUAAAACAAACUCCACAUAAUAAUCAAUCAUUAUUUGGCCAAAUUAUUGAUGAUGAUCAUCAUGAGAAAGAACAAGAAAAAACAAGUGAAGAUGAAGAUGAUUCACAUUUUGAUAUUGAUGUUAUACGACCAAUUUCAACACAUGCUAAAUCCUCUUCUAAAGGGUUAUCAAUAAUGGAAAAAAUGGGGUUCAAGAUUGGUGAUACAUUAGGUAUUGAUAAAAAAAAUAAAGACGCGCUAUUAGAACCAUUACAAUUGGUAAAUAUAAAGGGGAGAGAAGGAAUAAAAGAACAUAAAGCUGAUCCUAAAAUUGAAGCUAAGAUACCCAAAGAUGGACUCACAGAAGAACAAACCAAACUUUUCAGAGAACGAUUAAUUGCUGAAGAUGCCGAGGCUGUUAAAGAACGAUUAUUACACAAGAUGCAAAAACUUUGUUGGCAAUUAACUGGUGGUGCUGAUAUACCCAAUAUUGAAACUGUUAAUCCAUUAGAUGUUAAUGUUCUUUGGAGAGGCUAUGUUAAAUUUAUACUGAAAAUGAAAAGAGAAAGUAAAGAAAGGAAUCAAAUAACUGAGAUACUAGAUUCACCAAAGUCUGCCAAUAAUGAUGAUGAAAUAAAAUUGGAUGAAAUAGAGUCUAAUGGAUCCUCAAAUGAUCAAGAAAAGAAAAAUGACAAUGAGACCAUAUCAAGAGAAGAAGAAGAUGAAGAGGAUGAUGAUGAACUAUUAAUGUUUCAAGAACUUUCGUUAGAUGCACAAAUAGAGAAGCUAUACAUGUUUCUCAGAACAGAUUUUGAUUAUUGUUAUUACUGCGGAACAAGGUAUAUAAAUCAAACCGAUCUUUUCAGUCACUGUCCUGGUUUAACUCCCGAAGAUCACCAAUAA